GCAAAUUCCUAAUGUCUUUUAUGUACAUUUGUGAGCCACAGAGCAGUGUGGGUGUAGUCCUAAUAGUCUUACAGUCAGUUAUCCAAUAGACAGUUCCACGAACAGGAUCAUUGUCAUCCUUUGAUACAAACUGGGGGAUUAGAAGACUCUUAAACACCAGUAGAGAUUGGCUUCAUUGGAAAUACUACAACCAUGGGCUUCCCUCUAUGCCUAUGUCUUCUCUCUUUGAUUUUCACAACUGCUUGUGGUUCAGGUUUUAGUGACGACUCAACACUUAAUGAAAACUCUUAUAAGGAAAAGUGGAUGGAGUCUAUACCUGAUGACAAACUCCUUUCAGCUGUUACUAUCCCCGGAACUCAUGAGAGCCUAACUCUGUACGGUGGACCACUUAUACAGUGUCAGGCUUGGACCUUGGAGAACCAACUGAAAGCAGGAUUGCGGUACUUUGAUAUACGUGUAGAGGCCAGUAUGUUCCACAACAUCCUUGAUGUCAUGGAUGGGCAUUUAGUACACACCAAGUUCCAUGAGGUGCUGAACAUUCUAUGGGAGUUCUUGGACAAACAUGGAAGUGAGUCUGUGCUUUUGAGAGUGACACUGCAAGGAAUAAGCAUGAAAAAAGCUGGAAAAUGUAUCAAAACAUUUAUUGAGAAUUCUGAAGGUAGAGUAUGGACAAAGACACUUGUCCCCAAAAUGCAAGAAGCAAGGGGGAAGGUCAUCUUCGUGCAGAGUACCAAUUUCAAUGUUGGAACACUUAACCAUGACACUUUUGUCACAGGCGACGACACAUUCAAAGACAUUGAAAACAAGAUGAAGAAGAUCACAAAACACCUAAAAGAAGCUGAAGAGAAUUGUGGUCAUGCAUUGGCACUGACCGAUUCCUCCGCCACAGCCAUUUUCAAAGGCCCUAAAACUGUGGCCACAAUGGUUAAUGGUCAGCUCAAUAAGCUCAUAGUUGAACUACAGACAGGCUCUAACAAACCAGACUGCUUGGGGGUAAUCAGCAUGGACUUCCCCAGUCCAGACCUCAUCCAUAACAUCAUUGAGGUCAAUGGAAAACCAGGGAGUGGUUCAUCUGAGCACUCAGAAGAUCCUGAAUCAGUAGAGCCUGCACCAGCAGAGCCUGAACAUACAGGUUUUAGUGAUGACUCAACACUUAAUGAAAACUCUUAUCAGGAAAAGUGGAUGGAGUCUAUACCUGAUGACAAACUCCUUUCAGCUGUUACUAUCCCCGGAACUCAUGAGAGCCUAACUCUGUACGGUGGACCACUUAUACAGUGUCAGGCUUGGACCUUGGAGAACCAGCUGAAAGCAGGAUUGCGGUACUUUGAUAUACGUGUAGAGGCCAGUAUGUUCCACAACAUCCUUGAUGUCAUGGAUGGGCAUUUAGUACACACCAAGUUCCAUGAGGUGCUGAACAUUCUAUGGGAGUUCUUGGACAAACAUGGAAGUGAGUCUGUGCUUUUGAGAGUGACACUGCAAGGAAUAAGCAUGAAAAAAGCUGGAAAAUGUAUCAAAACAUUGAUUGAGAAUUCUGAAGGUAGAGUAUGGACAAAGACAUUUGUCCCUAAAAUGCAAGAAGCAAAGGGGAAGAUCAUCUUCGUGCAGAGUACCAAUUUCAAUGUUGGAACACUUAACCAUGACACUUUUGUCACAGGCGACGACACAUUCAAAGACAUUGAAAACAAGAUGAAGAAGAUCACAAAACAUCUGAAAGAAGCUGAAGAGAAUUGUGGUCAUACAUUGGCACUGACCGAUUCCUCCGCCACAGCCAUUUUCAAAGGCCCUAAAACUGUGGCCAAAGUGGUUAAUGGUCAGCUCAAUAAGCUCAUAGUUGAACUACAGACAGGCUCUAACAAACCAGACUGCUUGGGGGUAAUCAGCAUGGACUUCCCCAGUCCAGACCUCAUCCAUAACAUCAUUGAGAUAAACAGAAAUCCAGGAAGUGGUUCAUCUGAACAACCAGAACAGCCUGAACCAUUAGAGCGGGAACCUGCAAAGCCUCAGACAGCCGAAGAGCCUGAACCAGUACAGCCUGAACCAGCAGAGCCUGAACCAGUAGAGUCAGAGCCAGCAGAGGCUGAACCAGCAGAACCUGAACCAGCAGAGCCUCAGCCAGCAGAAGAGCCUGAACCAGCAGAGCCUGAACCAGCAGAGCCUGAACCAGCAGAGCCAGAGCCAGCAGAGGCUGAACCAGCAGAGGUUCAGCCAUUAGAAGAGCCUGAACCAGCAGAGCCUGAACCAGCAGAGCCAGAGCCAGCAGAGGCUGAACCAGCAGAGGUUCAGCCAUUAGAAGAGCCUAAACUAGCAGAGCCUGAACCAGCAGAGCCAGAGCCAGCAGAAGCUGAACCAGCCAAGCCUGAACCAGCAGAAUCUGAGCCAGCAGGACCUGAGCCAGUAGACCCUGAACCAGUAGAACCAGAACCAGUAGAGCCUGAACCCGCAGAGCCUGAACCAGUAGAGCUAGAGCCUGAACCAGUAGAGCCAGCAGAGCCUGAACCAGUAGAUCCUGAACCAGUAGAGCCAGCAGAGGCUGAACCAGCAGAGCCUAAACCAGUAGAUCCUGAACCAGCAGAGCCCCAACUUGCAGAAGAACCAGCAGAAGAGCCUGAACCAGCAGAGCCUGAACCAGUCGAGCCAGAGCCAGCAGAGACUGAGCCAGCAGAGCCUGAACCAGCAGAGACUGAACCAGAAGAGCACGAGCCAGCAGAGCCUGAACCAGCAGAGCCAGAACCAGUAGACACUGAACCAGCAGAGGCCGAACCAGUAGAGGCUUAACCAGCAGAACCUGAAAGAGCAGAACCUGGGCCUCAACCCCCAGGGUAGCCCAAAGAGCCUUACUGGAAUAACCAAGGAAGAAGAGAUGCAAUGAGAAACAUUAAAGAGAUUAAAAAACACAAUUAUUGUCCAAUUAACCUUAGUAAAGAAGAAUCCCAUCUAAAACCUUACAACAAUAAAUACAAAAUCAAAUGCUCCCUUCAAACAGUAAAACAAUUCUCUACUAUGUGGUAUUUUGUAUAUCAACUGCAUGUUUAACUAGGAAAGACCAACUGUUCCAUGUUGCAGUUGAAAUAUAUAAAUCUGAUAGUUACUUUAAAAUUAACCCAUCUGUGCUGAGAUCUGUCUGAGGGUAGUUUUUUCCCAUCAAUACGUUUAAUAAAAUAGCAUAGGGCCUUUCAGAAACCUGUAUCUAAACCCACAGUGACACCUACAGGUUACAAUGCAUAAUACUGCUUGUUUUGAUGGUGAUUCAUCUGGACAUGUAAAUGAUUUCAAGUCUCUCAGGGGAUCACUUACACCCUCUUAUGUAUGUAACAUUUCCGUUUAAAAUGUUUUCUAAAACAAAUCUCUCUAUUAUGUAUGUAGAAGAGCUGCUUCAAACAAUAUAUCUAAAACAACGUAUAAUGUCAACAUAAGUAGUUAGAUACAAAUUCUGCGUUUACAUACAGUGGGGCAAAAAAGUAUUUAGUCAGCCACCAAUUGUGCAAGUUCUCCCACUUAAAAAGAUGAGAGAGGCCUGUAAUUUUCAUCAUAGGUACACUUCAACUAUGACAGACAAAAUGAGGAAAAAAAUCCAGAAAAUCACAUUGUAGGAUUUUUAAUGAAUUUAUUUGCAAAUUAUGGUGGAAAAUAAGUAUUUGGUCACCUACAAACAAGCAAGAUUUCUGGCUCUCACAGACCUGUAACUUCUUCUUUAAGAGGCUCCUCUGUCCUCCACUUGUUACCUGUAUUAAUGGCACCUGUUUGAACUUGUUAUCAAUAUAAAAUACACCUGCCCACAACCUCAAACAGUCACACUGUCACAAAGUAAGUUGAGAGGGGAGGGGUGUAUCUUUGCUAUAAAAGAUCUCAGUUGCCAUUAUGUUGGGACUCUCAGAAUUCAUUUAUAGACUCUGAACUGAUCUGAGAGUCAAAUGGCUAUGGUGAAGCUCAUAUAAUUAAAGAUGAAGUUUAAAUAUAACUGUGACUUGUGUGUGGUUUAUAACUCUAAUCAUUUAGUAAUACAGGCAAUUACCACAACAACACCCAGAACCUUGUUUAGAGAAAGGGAUAUCUCAGUUUCAAGGUCUUAGCUUAGAGAGAAGAAGCCUCGUGACCUAUUGGUAUGUCACAUGCAUGACCCAGUAUUGGUUGGUCACAUGAAUGAAGCAAACGUUAAUGAUGAAUUCAUUAUGAAUAAGCUAAAUCAUGCAAAUAUGAGUUGUCUGCAGUAUAUUUAAUCAAUACGGCCCAAGGAGGUGUUGUAUAUGGCCAAUAUACCAUGGCUAAGGGCUAUUAUUGGGCACUACGCAACGCAGAGUGCCUGGACACAGCCUGUAGCCGUGGUAUAAUGGUCAUGUAUCACAAACCCCCGAAGAGCCUUAUUGCUAUUAUAAACUGGCUACCAACGUAAUUAGAGCAGUGAAACUAAAUGUUUUGUCAUAUACAGUUAAGGUCGGAAGUUUACAUACAUCUUAGCCAAAUACAUUUAAACUCAGUUUUUCACAAUUCCUGACAUUCAAUCCUAGUAAAAAUUCCCUGUCUUAGGUCAGUUAGGAUCACCACUUUUUAUUUUAAGAAUGUGAAAUGUCAGAAUAAUAGUAGAGAGAAUGAUUUAUUUCAGCUUUAAACUUCUUUCAUCACGUUCCCAGUGGGUCAGAUGUGUACAUACACUCAAUUUGUAUUUGGUAGCAUUGCCUUUAAAAAGUUUAACAUAGGUCAAAUGUUUUGAGUAACCUUCCACAAGAGUCCCACAAUAAGUUGGGUGAAUUUUGGCCCAUUCCUCCUGACAGAGCUGGUGUAACUGAGUCCUUGCUCGCACACUGAGUUCUUGCUCGUACUUGCUCGUAGGCCUCCUUGUUCGCACAUGCUUUUUCAGUUCCGCCCACCAAUUUUCUAUGGGAUUGAGGUCAGGGCUUUGUGAUGGCCACUCCAAUACCUUGACUUUGUUGUCCUUAAGCCAUUUUGCCACAACUUUGGAAGUAUGCUUGGGUUCAUUGUCCAUUUGGAAGACACAUUUGCGACCAAGCUUUAACUUUCUGACUGAUGUCUUGGGAUGUUUCAAUAUAUACACAUAAUUUCCCUCCCUCAUGAUGCCACCUAGUUUGUGAAGUGCACCAAUCCCUCCUGCAGAAAAUCACCCCCACAACAUGAUGCUGCCACCCCCGUUAUUCACGGUUGGGAUGGUGUUCUUUGGUUUGCAAGCCUCCCCAUUUUCCCUCCAAACAUAACAACGAUGGUCAUUAUGGCCAAACAGUUUUAGUUGUGUUGCAUCAGACCAGAGGAUAUUUCUCCAAAAGGUACAAUCUUUGUCCCCAUGUGCAGUUGCAAACCGUAGUUUGGAUUUUUUAUGGCGGUUUUGGAGCAGUGGCUUCUUCCUUGCUGAGUGGCCUUUCAGGUUGUCGAUAUAGGACUCGUUUUACUGUGGAUAUAGAGACUUUUGUACCUGUUUCCUCCAGCAUCUUCACAAGGUCCUUUGCUGUUGUUCUGGGAUUGAUUUGCACUUUUUGUACCAAAGUACGUUCAUCUCUAGGAGACAGAAUGCGUCUCCUUCCUGAGCGGUAUGAUGGCUGCAUGGUCCCAUGGUGUUUAUACUUGCAUACUAAGUAUGCUUGGUGUCAUUGUCCAUUUGGAAAAUCCAUUUGCGACCAAGCUUUAACCUCUUAGAACUACCCAUCCGGAUCCGGUAUGUUUGUCAUCAGCAACGCUGAAUAGCACAGUCAAAAAAUAUUACUAGAAAAUAUUAAUAUUCAUGAAAUCACAAGUGAAAUAUAGCAAAACACAGCUUAGGCAUUUGUUAAUCACCCUGUCGUCUCAGAUUUUGAAAUGAGGCUUUAUAGCGAAAGCAAUACAAGCGUUUGUGUAAGUUUAUCAAUGGCCUAGCAUAGCGUUAAUGUACACUUAGAAUCAUGAAGCUUGGUCAUGAAAAUCAGAAAAGCAAUCAAAUUAAUCGUUUACCUUUGAUGAGUUUCGGAUGUUUUCACUCACGAGACUCCCAGUUAGACAGCAAAUGUUCCUUAUGUUCCAUAAAGAUAUUUUUUAUAUCCAAAUACCUCUGUUAGUUUGAUGCUUUUAUGCCUAGGAAUCCACCGGAAAUAGUGGUCACGACAACGCAGGCAAAAAUUCCAUAUUAUGGAUAGAAUUGACAGAAACAUGGCAAACGUUUUUUAUAAUCAAUCCUCAAGGUGUUUUUCAAAUAUCUAUUCAAUAAUAUAUCAACCGGGAGUUGCAAACCGUAGUCUGGCUUUUUUAUGGCGGUUUUGGAGCAGUGGUUCUUCUUUGCUCAGCGGCCUUUCAGGUUAUGUCGAUAUAGGACUCGUUUUACUGUGAAUAUAUACUUUUGUACCUGUUUCCUCCAGCAUCUUCACAAGGUCCUUUGCUGCUGUUCUGGGAUUGAUUUGCACUUUUCACUCCAAAGUACGUUCAUCUCUAGGACACAGAACGCGUCUCUUUUCUGAGCGGUAUAACGUUUGCGUGGUCCCAUGGUGUUUACACUUGCGUACUAUUGUUUGUACAGAUGAACGUGGUACCUUCAGGCAUUUGGAAAUUGAUCACAUGGAUGAACCAGACUUGUGGAGAUCUACAAUUGUUUUUCUCCUGAAGUCUUGGCUGAUUUCUUUUGAUUUUCCCAUGAUGUCAAGCAAAGAGACACGGAGUUUGAAAGUAGGACUUGAAAUACAUACACAGGUACACCUCCAAUUGACUCAAAUGAUGUCAACUAGCCUAUCAGAAGCUUCUAAAGCCAUGACAUAAUUUUGGGGAAUUUUCCAAGCUGUUUAAAGGCACAUCCAACUUAGUGUAUGUAAACUUCUGACCCACUGGAAUUGUGGUGCAGUGAAUUAUUGUCACGCCUUGGUCAUUGUAUUUUGUGUUUUCUUUAAUUAUUUGGUCAGGCCAGGGUGUGACAUGGGUUUAUGUUGUUGUAUUUCGUAUUGGGGAUUUUGUAUUAUUGGGAUUGCGGCUGAGUAGGGGUGUUGUAUGGGCUUGGCUGCCUGAGGCGGUUCUCAAUCAGAGUCAGGUGAUUCUUGUUGUCUCUGAUUGGGAACCGUAUUUAGGUAGCCUGGUUUCGCUUUGUAUUUCGUGGGUGAUUGUUCCUGUCUCUGUGUAGUUUCACCAGAUAGGCUGUAUUAGGUUUCAC